AUGCCCAGUGAAACUCUCUGGGAAAUUGCAAAAGCUGAAGUGGAAAAACGGAGAAGUAGUGGAAGUGAAGGUGAUGGAGUUGAAGUUGGAGAAAAAUCUGUUUUCUUCAUUGGCAGUAAAAACGGGGGAAAGACUACUAUUAUUCUAAGGUGUCUUGACAGGGAUGAGCCACCAAAACCAACCUUAGCUUUGGAAUAUACAUAUGGAAGAAGAGCAAAAGGACAUAACACACCAAAAGAUAUUGCUCACUUUUGGGAGCUAGGUGGAGGAACGUCUUUACUGGAUUUAAUCAGCAUACCAAUCACAAGUGACACCUUACGGACGUUUUCUAUUGUCCUUGUUUUGGAUCUUUCAAAACCUAAUGACCUCUGGCCCACCAUGGAAAAUCUGUUGCAAGCCACAAAACUUAAUGUAGAUAAAGUGAUAAUGAAACUGGGGAAGAAGAAUUCUAAAGCAGCUUCUGAAAUGAGACAGAAGAUGUGGAGCAAUAUGCAGAAGGACCAUCCAGAUCGUGAAUUAAUUGACCCAUUUCCAAUUCCUCUGGUCAUAAUCGGAAGUAAAUACGAUAUUUUUCAGGAUUUUGACUCUGAGAAGAGGAAGGUAAUAUGCAAGACACUUCGAUUUAUUGCACAUUAUUAUGGAGCAUCAUUAAUGUUUACCAGUAAAUCAGAAGCUCUAUUACUAAAAAUACGUGGAGUUAUUAACCAGUUGGCAUUUGGCAUCGACAAAAGCAGAUCAAUAUGUGUGGAUCAGAAUAAACCUCUGUUUAUCACAGCAGGAUUGGAUUCUUUAAGUCAGAUAGGAUCUCCUCCUCUUCCUGAUAAUGACAUCGGAAAGUUUCAUGCCCGUUCGCCAGUGGAACUGUGGAAAAAGGUGUAUGGAAAGCUCUUUCCACCAAAGAGUGUCAACACACUAAAAGAUGUCAAGGACCCUGCACAAGAUCCUCAGUAUGCUGAAAGUGAAGUUGAUGAGAUGAGAAUUCAGAAGGAUCAGGAACUGGAACAGUACAAAAGAAGUUCUUCCAAGUCUUGGAAACAAAUUGAGCUUGAUUCCUGA